CUUUUUACAUUCUAUGGAGGCAGAGCAUAGCCAGCCGACUGAUGGGGCACGAUCCGGAGGGCAACAGCAGACUCUGUCUGAAUCUUCAACUGGGGGUAGGUUGCCUCAGAUACAGGAACAGGCUACCUCACAACCGAUCCAUGGAUCACGAGGCCGGCAUCAACACAGGCAGCCAAAACGCCGGGAUAUGCUCCGAAGGCAGCAGCAACAGCAGUCUCAGGUGGGGGAAUCAUCCUGGCAAUUACAAGAUGCCCCAGGUCCCUCUGGAAGCAGCUACAUUUCAUCUCUACUUGAAUCCUCUUCUCAGCCUCAUAGUAUUCCAUCUCAAACUGUUAAGGAAGCACGGGAAGGUUCCUCUUCUAGACGAGAACGUAAGCCCCAGAAACCCGGAAAAUAUGUGUGCUCGUACUGUGGACGGCCAUGUGCAAAGCCCAGCGUCCUACAAAAACACAUUCGUUCCCACACAGGAGAGAGACCCUAUCCUUGUGUGCCUUGCGGUUUCUCUUUUAAAACUAAAAGUAACCUAUACAAACACCGCAAAUCCCAUGCUCAUCGAAUAAAAGCAGACCUGGCAUCUAGUCGUGAAGAGUACAGCUUCAGUGGAGCCGAAAGUGGAACAGUCGGAGAUGAGAAGGAAGAAGCAACAGAAGCAGAUACCACAGAGUCUGAAGAUGAGACAGGUCAGCGUCGCCCAAAGAGAUCUCAAGAAAGGCCAGCUCUAAAGAAAAGCUCCAAGGUUGAACUCUCAUUUUCACAAGAAUCACCAAGAACUGAGGACUCCCAAGCAAUCAAGCAAAGAUUAGCCAUGCGACUCAGUGAGAGAAAAAGACUCCCCAUGGAAUCAUCAAAUGAGACCCCAUCAUCUUCAUUGGGCCCUGGUAGUAAGGGUAGCACCGAAUCUGGCUACUUCUCUAGCUAUGGGAGUGCCGAGUUGUCCCAGGUGAGCCCUCCCAACGCCAAUGUUAAAUCGUAUGCUGAAAUUAUAUUAGGAAAGUAUGGACGAUUAGGCCAGCAGCAAAGAAUUUCACACCAACACCCCCAGUCAUCAUCUUCAUCUUCUUUAGGUCAAGAGGAAAAAUCAGUUCCUUUUACUGUGCCUAAGACGCAAGUCAUCGAGCACAUUACAAAAUUAAUCACUAUAAAUGAAGCCGUAGUUGACACUAAAGAGAUCGACAGCGUCAAACCAAGACGCUCUUCCCUCUCCAGGAGAAGUAGCAUCGAGGCUGUGAAGUUCUCUUUAUCAAAAGAUCCUUCUCUUUUUGAUCCAAUGGGAGAUGUUCCAGGCACGAGUGGUAUUUCUAGACCUCUUGGUUAUAGAGGUGGUGCUGACGAAGGGCAUCAUUCACAGUCAGCGGAAGACAUGCAAGCAAGUCUUUAUUCUAGUGGUGUUCUUUUAAGAAGUCACUCAGUCCCAUCCUCCAGUGGCAAAGAAGAGUCGCACAGCAUUCGUCUCAGCCAGUCGUUUGAUGAGCAGCAGGCUGCAUCAGCUGAGCUGAGAGUCGGCCACCCGCAUCGAAUGUUAAGACGCCAACCUGCCAUUGAAAUGCCUAUUGGGACUGAUCUUGUAGCAGAAGCUGGGUUCUCUACUUCUAACGUAGCAGAAAAAGAAUGGAAGCAGCAAAAGGAACUGCGGAAGGAACUUCAUAAAUGUGAGUUUUGUGGAACUUGCUUGAAGACACAGGAUGAUGUUGAAGCACACAAAAAGUCCUGCAAAAAUUUGCCUUCAGAGGUACAACCAAGUGAGGAAUUACCUGGUGCGACACAAGGUCACAGACAAAUGAUGCACUAUAAGUUUAAAGCGAUGGCUAUGGCUAUACGAAAAAGAAGGAAAGAAGAAAGUCUUGAGGAAGACCCUCUUAGUCCUGGUCCGGCAGCUAUAUCCUUUACUACCUAUCCUGACACAGGUCCUAAAGAUGACUUUCAUGGCUUUUUUGGAACAGUUUCACAAAGUGAACCAGAAAAAACAGGUACUUACAAAGAAAUCUCAGUAAUACAACACACCAGCUCCUUUGAGAAGCAGGAAAGUAUAAGCCAGGAGUCUGAAUCUGAACACAAACAAUCACAAGAGCCCAUACAAACCUCCACAUCAAGGUUAGUUCGACAGUCUAAGAUUCAAGUUCCGGAGAUCCUGGUGACGAAAGAACCAGACCCCGAAAUGAUCUCACCUGCAGCAAAUCCAUCCGUCUCAAGAGAACCAGAGAAAGAGUUUCAGUGGCCUCAGCGUAGUCAGACUUUGUCUCAGCUCCCUGCGGAAAAGCUGCCACCAAAAAAGAAACGUCUCCGUUUGGCGGAAGUCCAGUCAUCUGGGAAAUCGAGUUUUGAAUCGGUUUCUCUGACACGCAGCCCAAGCCAAGAGAGUAACGUUUCGCACAACUCCAGCCGUUCUGCAUCUUUCGAAGAAUCAGGAAAGACUGACUCGCAAGGGUCUCACAUGCUGACUGUACCAGGUACACAUCAACACUAUUUUUCCCACAGGGAAAUGCAGCGCUCUGCCUCAGAGCAGGCCCCUGCAAGUUCACCACAUUCUGCUCAGAUAGCAGAAUCUCGGAGUAAGUCAUUUGACUGCGGAUUGCUGCCAUCAAAAUCUACUUCAUCGUCUUGGAAAGAGAAGCGAAAAUGUCUUUUAGUGAAACACGCAACCCUUGAAAAGACUGAAGAACCUGAAGAAUCAUCAUGUAGACCACGCCCGUCCUUUCCUGGAAAUGUAGCUCUUUCAUUUGAUGAGCAUGGAACCAGCAGCAUAGCUAGAUUUUGCCCUGACACUCUGGGUGAAACUCUUUUUCAAUCCCCUCUCUCUUUUUCAACUAGUGUUUACCCCCUGACAAAUCCAGACACCUUUUCUUCAUCACAGAUGGCUGAAUUCCUACCAAUUACAACAGCAAUUUCUAAGGGUUUUUCUGGUCAAAUAUUCCAUCAGGCUCUCACACCUCCGGGGCCAUCUUCACUCCAUUCCAGACAACUUCACUUAGCUGAACAACUAGGCCUCCCGCUUCAACCCUUCUCAACUUUGCUGUCUCUGCCAUACCCAGCAAGUGAUCCAAGCGUUCAAGAUACCUCAGUUUCUCCUGUCAAGGAUUCUAGUUUGUCUCCUUCCUCCACAUACAGAAGCGACUCUUUAUGUCAUCCAUUUGUUACCCAACACCAACCUCGCCCCAUCAUUGCUACAUGCCUUGAGCAGCUAAGACCAGUUGUUUCACUGGUAGUGCCUGUUCGCUUGCAGACUCACAUUCCAACUUACGCUAAUGCAAUGUACACAACCAUUUCACAAAUUUUAGCCACAACACGUUCCCAACAGCCAGUCUGCUGUACAGCUAUGGUCAUCAUGGGAAAGCUUGAGGGGAGCAAGCUUCAACAAUCCUACCUUAGAAUCUCUCCACCCUGCAUUACUCUGCCACUGCCUUUGGAGUCUGGAUCUGAAGGUGGAUCUGGUGAUGACUGUUGGUCACUUGCUGCUGGAGGAAGCAAGCGAAUGCUUUCUCCUGCAGGUAGUCUGGAACUUAGCUUGGAGGCACAACGGCAGCAGAAACGCAUCAAGGAAGAAGAAAAGGCGGAAGAAAGCGAAGACGAUGAUGACAAAAGUAGUGAUAAAUAUCUGAAGGACAGCCAUGAAUCCGACAAGGAUGGGGUAAAAAGCAAACAAAAAGAGGAUGUAAUUAUGGUGAAAGAACAAGAGAGGGAAGUAAAGAAAACAGAAUCCGAGGUAACAAGCCCAGAGAUUCCCCAGGUGAAAACUGGAGUAAAAAAAGAGGAAAAGCAGGAUAAGGGUCACAGAUCUGUAUCACUGGUCGAGAUUCCAGAGAGAUCCAAAGACUCUACAGACCCUAUGUGUUCCUCCCUACACACCGCUACAUCAGUAAGCUGGUGCUACCUAAACUAUACCAAGCCCAACCAUUCUGCACACACAAAUCCACAAACAUCUGUCUAUUCUUCAUGGAGUGUGAGCAUGUAUAACCCCAACCUGCCUGGUAUGUCCACCAAAACGGUACUGUCACUCCUCUGUUCUAAACAAACAUACACCUCUGAGAUGUACACCAUGGCAACAACAUCACAUCUGACCACUGACAAGACAGCUGCUCAUCAGACAACAACACCCAAAGCAUUAGAGGUACAUGCCAAACCACCAAGCACAUCAGUCAAAGAUAAAGAAGAGCAAUUGGAUACGAAGGCUGAAAAAGAGAAACGAACUACAGAGGAGGAUCCUACUACCUCGAAGCAGAGUAAGCCACCGCGUGUUUGCAUCUUUGAAGGAGGAUAUAAAUCUAGCGAGGAGUAUGUGUAUGUAAGGGGAAGAGGGAGAGGUAAAUACAUUUGUGGUGAGUGUGGGAUCCGCUGUAAAAAGCCUAGCAUGCUCAAGAAACACACUCGGACUCACACAGAUAUCCGUCCCUACGUCUGUAAGCACUGCAACUUCGCCUUCAAAACCAAAGGGAACCUCACCAAACACAUGAAAUCAAAGGCCCAUGGUAAGAAAUGCCAGGCAAUUGGUGUAUCUGAGUCAUCUCUAGAAGAGCCGGAGUCCGAGGAACCAGGCACCAGUGAGGGUCAUUUCUGUGAAUCAGAGGAUACAGAGGAACACCAAUUCUCAGACAUCGAGGAUUCUGAGGAAGAUGAUGACGAUGACCAUGAGGAGGAAGAUGAGGACUUGUCCUCCCAUGGCGGCCCUCCAUCAUCCUGCUCGACAGAUACACGUCAGUCUGAAAGUGGUCAGAGCUCACAUAUUGAUCCCGCUAGCGUAUCAGUUCCAGAGAGAGAAGAAAGAGAGAGCCAGGCUUCUCCUCUCCGGCCCUGGAGCGCUGGCAGGGCUGCAUCUCCAGACAGCAAGAGGGUGCUAUUCUCCCGGAAAGCCUGGGAGCAUUCUCCGCUAGCCUUUUCUCCUGCUAGUGAAGGCUCACCUAUCCGGAAUCUGUCCCCCAGACUCGAGCUGUCCUCUCCCAGUCGGCAUCUUUCUCCGUCCCCAGAGAGAGGCCCGUCUCCUCUCACGGGGUCCCCUCUCAGACCUCUGUCCCCUCUGCGAUCACUUUCUCCCGCCAGCUUUAGGAGCUCUAGAGCCCGACUUUCUUCAGCACCACUCCGAACUCAACACAGAGCACGCAGCUCACCUGGACAUUUUCACUGGGAAUCAAGCACUCAGUCAAGAGAGGGCCAGCAGGAAAGAGCUAGUACACCCAGCAGAGUGCAGUCUCCACAGAGGCUGACGCCACCACAUCCCAGCCUGGUACCAGCCCCCCUGCGCUUUCCUUUCAGUGAUGCCCCAAGCUAUCUACCAGCCAUGCCAAGAACUAUCGACUGCAUGUUCAGCCACCUCCCCUUGCAUUCCCAGCAACAGAACCGCAUGCCUUACCAUAUGAUCCCUAUCGGAGGAAUCCAAAUGGUACAGCUUAGACCCAGAUCCCGCCCCACACUGGACCGGGCAUCCUCUUCCACUCAGUCCCCCACUUCCCCCAAAGAAGAGGUUUUUUUCUCUCUAAAUAAGUGCCCACUGAGCACAUCAUGGAGUUCACAACCUGAAACAAGCCAGGCUGUCUGUGAGCACACACAGAGCAUUAAAAAGGGAAAAUGUGGUUUGUAUAGUCAUGCUACAGACUGCAAAACAGCCUACUCUUCUCCAGCAGAUGAUCCUGGUGAGCAAAGUACAAAAGACACCAAACAAUAUGGCAGCUCAUUGCCCAGUAAGACUCACACCGGUAUUCCUGAGACAUCUCAAGAACUGGGUCAGGAGACCAGUGAGAGAGCCAAGAUGAACCCUGAGCUUACUGAGAAGGAAACCAAAGCAUCCUCACACAGAAAAAGUGAACAUUCAGUGCCAGAGAAGCGUAAAGACGGCCAGUCCGCUACAGAGGAGACUGUCCAUUCUGGGCAGAGCCAGGAUAGCAGCUCAGACAGCACUUAAUAGCAUUUGUGCUCAAAGUACAAACUGCUAAUGUUAUUCCUUUUUUUGUAAAGCUAUGUUUUUAUACGACUUUUCAAUACUGUUGGUAUCUUGGUAAAUGUUUGUAUUCGCAAUAUAUAAGAUUGUAAGAUUGUAUAAGAUGCACUUUUUGAUUUAUGUAAAUGUAUUACUUCUGUCCCUGUAACUUUCCUGACUUUACAGUCAUCCUUAAGGUAACGAUUUGAAUAUGUUUAUGUAAAUUAAUUCUUAAAAUCAUUUAUAAAUGACCAAGUUGAAUUGUUAAACCAAGAAUUCCGAAUUGUAAAUCUGUUUCUUGUCCAGUAUUACUCAAAGUAUAGUUAUGUGUGCCUUUCCUGCCAGGAUUUCUUGCUUGAAGUGUAAACAAACAGAAAGGCUGUGAAUUCUUUAUAAAUACUUUGUGUUUAGUAGAUUUGUUUGUACAAUUGGAAGGUGUAAUUUUUAUUUGUAUUUUUUUUUCUAAACUUAAGUCAGGGUAAAAGUAAAAUCAGUUUGUACUGAAGGCCAAUGGAGUGCAAAGGGUUUUUGCAAGGAAAUUGCACUGAAAUCAUAUUUUUAUAUAUAAAAAAGAAAUGAUAAAAUAUUAUGUCUGUACAUAUAAGAGGUCUAUGAUCCAUAUUUAUUGCAAUUUUAAAAAAAAUAUGGAAAACAUUUUCUUUAGUUUUUUUAAUGCAAUUUUUAUUCUUUGCACUUUUUGUUGUGAAUAUUUCUGUUACGUUGUCGAGACUUGAAUUUGAAAAUAAAUAACUGGACAGGGUGAUAAAGUUGGUCAACAGCAACAGGGUUGGAUGGAUAAAAGCCUUCCAAAUAUGUCACAGAUCAAAAAUCUUUCUAAACCAAUAAAGGUGCACCAGGAAUUAA